AUACGAUUUCCAUUUGAGCGGCUCCAUUUUCGACUCCAUUUCCAUGGCGCCCGGUCUGAUGGUCUGGAACGAAGCAUAUUUGAAUAGAAUUCAAGUGCAAAUCGAAAAAUAAACAAUUCUUACCUUUAACCAACUGCUGUAUCUUCUGCUCAAGAUUUUUGCGUUCUUCAGCCAUAGCUUUUCGCAUCGGUUCUAUCGCAGCUGCAAUAACAGCAGGGUCAACUGGGUCACAUUUCGAGAGCUCUCUGUCCAAUGCGCUUGCCCUCGCAACAUUUUCAGAAGUCGAUUGAAGCCAAUCUCUACGCCACUUGAGCCAAUCUUCACUUCCGAUUUCGAAUGGAUUCUUCAUAGUUUUCAAUCGUUGAUAUUUCAAAUAUUCUUCGUGCAACUCCUUCUCACUCAUAUUGAUCUGUAGAAAAUACAAUAAUAUCAGGAUCUAUAUACGUAAAUUCACUGGUUUCAAUAUUCAUAGUAACUACUAUCUUUUUCAUAUACAUACGCCGUUUGUUCACGAUAUUUUCAGAAGUUUAAGACCUUUUUAAACCUUGAUUUUUCGUUCAAUAAAUAUCUUGAUUGAAUGAAAGCAUUCGAUAUCUGUCAGAACAAAGAAAUAUAUUAUUGCGUUCCGAAGUUGGUACAAGUCCGAAGGCAGACCAAUCAAUACAUCAGGCAAUACUUGUCUGUCUUUAUCUCUCUGCCUGUGUAUAUGUAUGUUUGCGCAUACACAUAAAAAUCGUUCACUUUCACGACACUGUGCGAUUGGGCAGUUAUGUCAGUUUGUCUGUGUUGUCAAAAGAGAGCGUUGUUUGUGUGCGUUGGUAUGCGUAUGUAUUUGUGGUAUACAAAUGUUCGAAAUCAGAAAUUUUCAGCGGCACUACUGCUAGAAAAAACAAAACACCAAUAGAUUCAAAGUGCUCAGUGAAUUUUUACGCCCAUUCAACAGCAAAACAAUAGUUUUCCUUCCUUUUGCUGCUUAAAAAUUUAUUUAUUAACCCAGUCAAUUUAAUUUUUAGUGCAAAUGUAAAAAAAAUAAUCCGAUUUUCAACCAAUGCAAAUAAAUUUCAUUCAAUUGAAUUUGAUUCAUGUUGUGAGCUCAUGUGUGUGUGUGUGAAAACAUCCAAUGAGUAAUAAAAUCAAGUGCUGCUGCGUCUCAACUACCAUAUGAACAAAUACGAACAGGAACGAAAAAAAAAGAAACCUAUUCACACACCUUCAAACGAGUAGUAGAGAGUAGAAGGUGCAUCUAGCCAUCGUUGUUGACUCCAUUGUGUGUACUUUUUUUCUGCUUUUACAUGUCAAACGGCGUUCGCGUUAGUCAUCGCCAAACAAUUUUGUGUUAUUGUGUAUACAGACUGCAAAUUUAAGUGAAUAAAAAAGAAACCUAGCAUUAUUUUAGGUUUUCUUUUUGCUUUCAAUUUUGGUUUCAAAGAAAAUUUUCAACGAAAAAUCGGUAUAAAACAGAUCAAACCAAUAAAACAUGGGUACGAUUGGUGAUUUUGGUACGCUUUCGCUAAAAUGGGAUCCGAAAAAUUUGGAAAUUCGUACGAUGUCGGUGGAGAAAACACUUGAGCCACUUGUGUUGCAAGUUACAACAUUGGUCAACACAAAAGGACCCAGCAAAAAGAAGAAAGGUAAAUCCAAGCGUGCAAGUGUAUUGGUUUUGGCGGUGGAAAAAGCGACCGAGAAUUUCAUUGAACGCGGUGAACAAAUUGCCAAUGAAAACCCGGAUAUUAAACAAGAGAUGCUCACGGCCGUUGAGGAGGUACGAAAGACGGGUGAAAUUAUGCGAACAGCAGCUCGUGAAUUUUCGGAAGAUCCAUGUAGUUCAUUGCGACGCGGAAAUAUGGUUCGAGCCGCACGUAAUCUUCUAUCAGCUGUAACGCGUUUGCUCGUUUUGGCCGAUAUGGUCGAUGUGCAUCUACUGUUGAAAUCAUUGCAUGUGGUUCAAGAUGAUUUGAACAAGCUACGAAAUGCAUCCAGCCAAGAUGAGCUCUUGAAUAAUAUGCGACAAUUUGGACGAAAUGCCAACGAAUUGAUAAAACAAGCAGCAAAACGACAACAAGAACUAAAGGAUCCGCAAUUGCGUGACGAUUUGGCCGCUGCACGUGCCGUUUUAAAGAAGCACUCGACCAUGCUGUUGACAGCAUCAAAGGUCUACGUUCGUCACCCGGAAUUGGAUUUGGCCAAAAUUAAUCGUGAUCAAGUGUUGAGACAAGUGUGCGAAGCCGUUAACACAAUCAGUGACGUUGCACAGGGCAAAUCAAGUGCACCAAUCGAUAUGUACAGCGGUGCUGGUGAACUCGCUGCUGCUUUGGACGACUUUGAUGAGGGUAUCAAUAUGGAUCCAUUGGCAUACAAUGAAGUGCGCUCUCGUCCAACGCUCGAAGAGCGAUUGGAAAGCAUCAUCAGUGCAGCCGCAUUGAUGGCCGACGCAGAUUGCACUCGAGAUGAGCGUCGUGAACGAAUUGUUGCUGAAUGUAAUGCUGUACGCCAGGCUUUGCAAGAUCUUUUGUCGGCAUACAUGUCAAACAUGGGUCAAAAGGAGAAGAGCUCAACUUUGGAUAUGGCCAUCAAUCAAAUGUGCCAAAAGACUCGGGAUUUGCGUCGUCAACUGCGCAAAGCGGUCGUUGAUCACGUCUCUGAUUCAUUCUUAGAGACGACAACCCCAUUGUUUGAUUUAAUUGAAGCCGCCAAGGACGGAAACGAAAAAAAGGUUGAAGAGCGUGCAGUGGCAUUCACAAAGCAUGCGGAGAAAUUGAUUGAAGUGGCCAAUUUGGUGUGCAGUAUGUCGAACAAUGAAGACGGCGUCAAAAUGGUUCGAUAUGCAGCUGCUCAAAUCGAAAAUCUUUGCCCACAAGUCAUAAAUGCCGCUAUGAUUUUGGCCGUGCGACCAAAUUCAAAAGUUGCACAAGAGAACAUGGAAGCCUAUCGACAGGCAUGGGAGAAUCAAGUACGCAUUUUAACGGAAGCCGUUGAUGACAUUACAACCAUUGAUGAUUUCUUGGCCGUGUCCGAGAAUCACAUUUUGGAAGAUGCCAAAAAGUGCAUGUUUGCACUGCAGGAGGGUGAUGCUCAAGAGCUACGCAACACGGCUGGAGCCAUUCAAGGCCGUUCUCAACGUGUUUGCAACGUUGUUGAAGCCGAAAUGGACAAUUAUGAACCAUGCAUCUACACGAAACGAGUUCUUGAAGCCGUCAAAGUUUUACGCGAACAAGUUAUGUCGAAGUUUGCUCAGCGCGUUGACAUAGCAGUCGAUGCUCUGUCCUCAAACCCACCAAAAGAUGUAGAUGACAACGAUUUCAUCGAUGCAUCGCGCUUGGUCUAUGAUGGUGUCCGUGAGAUUCGACGAGCUGUUCUCAUGAAUCGGGAGGAGGAAGAGUUAGAUCCGGAAGAUGUUGAACUCGAUGAACAUUAUACUAUUGAAACCAGAAGCAAAUCAAGCGUACACACUGGUGAAGGUACUGUCGAUGAAUAUCCCGAUAUUAGUGGCAUUACAACAGCUCGUGAAGCUAUGCGUAAGAUGACGGAAGAAGAUAAACAAAAGAUUGCUCAACAGGUUGAGUUAUUCCGAAAAGAGAAGAUGACCUUCGAUUCGGAAGUGGCUAAAUGGGACGAUAACGGUAAUGACAUCAUCUUCUUGGCCAAGCACAUGUGCAUGAUUAUGAUGGAAAUGACAGAUUUCACACGUGGUCGAGGCCCAUUGAAAACCACAAUGGAUGUCAUAAAUGCGGCCAAAAAGAUUUCAGAAGCCGGCAAUAAAUUGGAUAAAUUGACACGAGAGAUUGCCGACCAAUGUCCUGAGAGCAGUACAAAGAAAGAUUUAUUGGCAUACCUACAGCGCAUCGCAUUGUAUUGCCAUCAAAUUCAAAUCACAUCGAAAGUCAAAGCCGAUGUGCAAAAUAUUAGCGGUGAAUUGAUUGUAUCAGGCUUGGACAGUGCAACUUCGUUGAUUCAAGCGGCCAAGAAUUUGAUGAAUGCAGUCGUGUUGACGGUGAAAUAUUCAUACGUUGCAUCCACCAAGUACACCAGACAAGGAGUGGUCACG